UGUUCAGGAUGCAGUCUCGGCAUUUCCGGGACGAUCUACUCGUGCGCAAUUUGCAAAGACUUUUUCCUUCACAAGAAAUGCUUCGACAUGCCGAAGAAAAUCACCCACCCUUUCCACAAAGAGCAUCCUUUAACACUUCUGCCGGUGCCGGCAUACGAAGACGGCCAGUUCAAAUGCGAUGCUUGCGGUGAGGCCGGAAAGUGCUUCUCCUACCACUGCAAACCCUGCGGGGUUGACUUGCACGUGCUCUGCGCGGCGGUGCCGUUGACCCUCACGCACUCCUCUCAUCAUAUGCAUAAGAUGGACCUUAGUUUUGAGUCGCCUUAUGAAACCAAGGACUUUUCUUGCGAUAUAUGUAAGAAACCAGGUGGGGACCACUGGCUUUACAGGUGUAGUCCUUGUGGGUUCGACGCGCACUUGAGCUGCGCCAGAGGCGCUCCGCCUGUUUCCCCGCGGUUGCAUCAGCCAAACGUCCGCACGAAUUUGGUGGGUUUUCAGUCUCAAACGCCGCCGCCGCAACAGUUCACGGCGUUCACUAGAUCGGCUCCGGUGCCGCCGCCUCCGGUGCAGGGCCAGGGAUUUGGGCCGCAGUUCGGGGGUGUACCUCCGCCUCAGAUACAGAGCUUUGGGCAGCAUUUUGCGGCUGCGCCCCCGCCUCCGCCUCAGAUGCAGGGGUUUGGGCCGCAGUUCGGUGGUGCGCCGCAGCCUAUGCAGCAGAAUUUUGGACCUCCUCCGCCUAUGAUGAAUAAUCCAGCUAUUGGUCUUCCUGCAGGAGGCCUGAAUCAUCCUCAUCUUGUUGCUAACAGACAACACAGUGAAUAUAUGGCCUCCUAUAAUGCGACCCUUCAGCAAAUCAUGGGUCAGUCGGCGGCACUGGGAGGCGGCGCUGGUGGGGUCGGAGGGGGCUAUGCUGGUCGGGUAGGUGGCGUUGGAGGUGACAGUGUUCAACAGAUGAUGCAAAUGAUAUCUUCCAUUAAUAACGGUGGCGGCCUUGGUGGUGGUGGCGGCGGCAUCUCUGGUGUGAUGAAUGCUUUUGGUGGUGGUGGAGGUGGCGGCCUCAUCCCUGGUGUAAUGAAUGCUAUUGGUGGUGGUGGUGGUGGAGUAGGCGGCGGCCAAGACUUACUGCAGACACUAAUGAACGCCGGUGGCGGGAUUGGUGGAGGAGGACUAGAUACGAUGACGUCAUUGUUGGAUGGAAUGGGUGGAGGAGGACUAGAUACGAUGGCGUCAUUGUUGGGUGGUGAUGGUGGUGGCGCGUUAGACAUUCUUGGAAGACCAAAUGUGGUUUUUGUGAAUCUGACCAAAUACGAAAUUGCUGCAAACAGAGAGAUGGGAAGAUUAACCACUGAACCCGAGAAAGAAACCCCAACUACAACAAUAAUUACCCAUUUCAGCCAUCCACACCCAUUGAAGCUUAUCAGUAUUGAUCAUCAACAACAACAGCAAACCCUAAUAUCUUCUUCUUGUUUAGGAUGCGAUCUCAAUCUUUCUGGAACAAUCUACUCAUGCACAAUCUGCAAAGACUUUUUCCUUCACAAGAAAUGUUUCGACAUGCCGAAGAAAAUCACACAUCCUUUCCACAAGGACCACACUCUAACCCUCCUUCCAAAACCGGCCUACUCCACCGGCGUAUUCAACUGCGACGCCUGCUUCGAAACGGGCAAGGGUUUCUCGUACAGCUGCGAACCGUGCGAAAUCGAUCUCCACAUACUCUGCGCAAGCAUGCCCUUGUCCGUCACAAACACCACCUGCCACCCGCACAAGCUCGACCUCACUUAUGGAUCCCCGUACGAGACGAAAAAUUUUACCUGCGACGUGUGCAAGAAAAUCGGUGGGGACCACUGGCUCUACAGGUGCGGCGCGUGCGAGUUUGAUGCCCACUUGAAAUGCGCGAGAAGCCGUAAUUACAAUCGCACGGCCAGUUUUCAGGGUGGUAGUACGACCACUAGAUCGGUUCAUGUGCCUCAGCCUCAGCCGCCGCAUGUGCAGCAGAGUUUCGCGCAUCACCCUAGUUAUUAUCAGUACCAUAAUAUGAACCCUCAUGCUGUACAUGCCGGUUAUCCUGCCGGUGGAUCGGUGGCGGCGGUUGACACACAUAACCAAAUGCUCCUUCAGGCCAUUCAACAAAUGAUUCAAGACAAUCAGGCCAUGACGCAGGCGAUUCAUUCAGGCGGACUUGGUGGUGGUGUUGGUGGGGGUGCCAGGGGAGUACAACAGCUGACGCGAUUGAUGUCUCGACUUAAUAAUAUUGGCGGCGUACCUGGCGGCACAGGAGAUACUUUACAGAUGCUAAUGAACGGCGGCGGUGGUGGAGAUAUUUUUCAGUCAUUGUUGGUUGGUAAUGGACUUGAUUUUCUUGGAGGGGGUGGCUUGGACUUUCUUGGAGGGGGUGGCUUGGACUUUCUUGGUGGGGGUGACUCGGACUCUCUUGGUGGGGGUGACUCGGACUUUCUUGGUGGGGGGCUUUGGCGGUGGUGGCGAUUAGAGCUUUGGCUGGAGUUUAGUAAUUUUGCUAGGCUUGCUAAGAUUCUAGAAUUUGCAAAAGAAGAAUCGGCUAGUGUGGAACUGGCAAGGGGAUGUUGGCGGUGGAGGGGACGAGAAGAGCGGAUGAGGCAGGUGGUGGAAGAAAGGGGCGGUGGCAACGGCGGCGUGAACAUGUGA